AUGUCAGGAAUUCAGAGUCCUUCAGCAGAGUUGCUUAACGCAGACGAAACUAUCACGUACGACGCUGUGGUGGUCGGUUGCGGUGUUAUUGGGCCCUGUGUGGCCACCGGGCUUGCUCGCAAGGGCAAGAAAGUGCUGAUAGUCGAGAGAGACUGGGCCAUGCCCGACAGAAUCGUGGGAGAAUUGAUGCAACCAGGUGGUGUCAGAGCCCUCAGAAGUCUGGGCAUGGUGCAAUCUAUCAACGGAAUCGAAGCUAUCCCAGUGACCGGCUACACCGUGUUCUACAACGGCGAAAAAGUGGCUAUCCCAUACCCUUACAAGGCAGACAUAGGCGCGGUCGAGAAAAUCACCGAUCUGGUGCGUGACGGCAACGACAAGGUCGCCGCAAACGACAGCACCCUGUCAGUCCAGGACUUCGAGAACGACGAGCGCGAAAGAGGCGUUGGUUUCGUCCACGGCAAGUUCCUGCAGAAUCUGCGUGACAUCGUCGCCCAGGAGCCCAACAUCACCCGUUUGCAAGGAAACGUCACCGAGAUCCUCAAAAACAAGCGCAACGAAGUGGUUGGUGCCAAAGUUGAUAUUGCAGGUCGUGGGAAAAUCGACUUCAACGCCCACGUCACCUUUGUGUGUGAUGGCAUUUUCUCUCGUUUCAGAAAAGAGCUCUCUCCCGAGCACGUCCCCAAAGUCGGGUCCUCGUUUGUGGGUAUGAGUCUGUACCAUGCAAAGAUGCCUUCGCCAAAUCACGGCCACGUCAUCUUGGGAACUAACCAUUUGCCAAUUCUCGUGUACCAGAUUUCCCCAGAAGAAACCCGUAUUUUGUGCGCAUACAACUCGCCCAAACUCCCUUCCAAUUUGAAGGAUUGGAUGCGCAAAGAGGUCCAACCUCACAUUCCACAGUCUUUGCGUUCAUCUUUCGACGACGCGCUGGCCCAGGGAAAAUUCAAGUCUAUGCCCAAUUCCUUCUUGCCCGGUCGUCAAAACGACGUACUCGGUAUGUGCGUUAUUGGUGACGCCCUCAACAUGAGACAUCCUCUCACUGGAGGAGGUAUGACUGUGGGAUUGAACGACGUGGUUUUGCUCAUGAAAAAAAUUGGUGAUCUAGACUUCAGCGACCGUGAGGUGGUGCUUGACGAGCUUCUCGACUACCACUAUGAAAGAAAGAGCUACGACUCCGUCAUCAACGUUCUGUCAAUUGCACUUUACUCGCUAUUCGCUGCAGAAAAUGCCAAUCUAAAGGCCUUGCAAAAAGGAUGCUUCAAGUAUUUUAAGAGAGGCGGCGACUGUGUGCGACUCCCUGUGUCCUUCUUGUCCGGUGUUAUGCCAAGACCAUUCUUGCUCACCAAAGUAUUUUUCGCGGUGGCAUUGUACGCAGUGUAUGUGAAUUUCGAGAAAAGAGGUGCUCUCGGUUUCCCAGUCGCUUUGAUAGAGGGCAUCUCCAUUCUUUUUACCGCAGCCAGGGUUUUCACCCCAUACCUAUACGCUGAGCUGAUCGGCUAA